AUGAGCUAUUCCGUUCACAAAUCUCUGGAUGAUGGUCUAUAUUUCCUCAAUGGAAAGCGGCAGAAUUUGGAGAAAACUCAAUAUUCUCGAGAAUUUGAUGUAUUUGAACCAAGAACCGGAGAAGUUGUAGCGAAAUGCCCAAUUGCGCCGAAGGAGUUUGUUGAUGAAGCGUGUGUGGAUGCCAAGGAAGCGCAGACUGCGUGGGGUAAAAUGGUGCCGAUGGAACGGACCAAGAUUUUGGUGAAAGUUGCAGACAUUAUCAGGGUAUGUUCUUGUUGAUUUUUGAAGUUUUUGGUAGUUUAUUGACGGAAUGACAACGAAUUUGCGGGUAAAGGGUUAUUAUUCGGACUUUGUUGAUGUUACUCAAUUUUGCGUUUGAAAAAUCGCUGAAUAAUUAUUAAUCCUAUUGAAAUCAACGUAAACGAUACUGCAGAAUCUUGUGAAUUUAAUUUUAAUUGCCGUUUUUAAAAGCUUGAUUAAUAUGUCGAAAUUUGAGUUUUCUGGAUAUUAACCAUGUUUUUCAGGCCAACGUUGAAGAGCUUGCUGUUUGGGAGUCAAAAACAAAUGGCAAGUCGGUGAAAGAAGCUCGUGAGGAUGUUUUAUCAAGUGCUGAUACCUUUAUGUUCUAUGGUGGUAUUGCUCCAGCAGUUCUGAAAGGUAAACAACCGAUAUUAGUUUAGAUACUCCUGGUUUUCUUUAUUGGUUGUUUUUAGAUUUAUUGGCUGAAUUUUGAGCUCUUGUUAAUAGCUUUAGUUAUGGAAUGUUAUUUAUGUUUUUGUAGUAGUUAUUUUAGAAAAUAAGUGUUUAAAUUUAAUUUAAAACCGAUUAAAAACAAUAUUAUUAUAGGUGAUCACUUUGAGCUCCCAGAUGAUCGUUUCUGUUACACAAAAUGUGAACCUUUUGGUGUAGUUGGCUGUAUUGGAGCUUGGAAUUAUCCAUUCCAGACUUGUGUGUGGAAAGUCGCUCCAGCUUUGGCCGCUGGCAAUGCUGUUAUUUAUAAACCAUCACCUUUCGCCCCCGGAAGCCCCGUAGCGUUGGGAGAGAUUCUGAAGGCAGCUGGGGUUCCUGAUGGCGUUUAUAAUGUGGUUCAGGUAAUUUUUGAUUUAUUUAGGAGUAACUUUCGAUCAGAAUUUGAAUAUUUUAGAAAUUUUUGAUUUCUUAGGUAACAAAUGCUGUAUUAGAGUGUCAUUUUUGAAAUUUAGGUAACAGAUGGAACAAAAAAAUUUUAAAAAGUAAUUUUAGUUUAAAAAUGACUUUAAAAUUUUAAAAUUUCAGGGCGACGCAGAAACCGGCGAAGCGCUUUGCCAGAACCCAGAAGUUCGUCGUGUAUCAUUCACAGGAUCAGUCGAAACUGGCAAAGCUAUCCAAAGAAACUGUGCCAAAAACAAUAUCAAGCCAGUGACUUUGGAGUUGGGCGGUAAAAGCGCUUUCAUCGUCUUUGAAGAUGCCGACAUUGACGAAGCCGUUGGAGCCGCGAUUCUGGCCAAUUUCCUGAAUCAAGGCGAGGUUUGUACCAAUGCCACGAGAGUUUUUGUUCAACAUGAUGUUGUGGGAAGGUUUUUGGAGAAGUUGACUCAGGAAUGCGACAAGAUUAAGGUUGGAGACCCGCUGGACGAGAAGAACAACGUUGGCGCCAUUGUGAAUAAACAGCACUUGAACAAGGUGUUGGGAUUUGUGGAGGAGGCUGUUAAGGAGAUGGGUUUUUGUUUUUAAUGAUAAUUUUUGUUGUUUUAGGUAUUGGAAAGGAAGUUUUUACGAUUUUGUUUAAAAAAGUUGUUUUGCAGGCUGCGGGGGACAAGUUAUACGAUGAAAACGGUUUUUUAAAGUGAAACUGAUAUUUUUGGGUUUGUAAGGAAAUUUUUUGCUAUUUUAUAAUCUGUAAAGAAAGUUUUUGCCAUUUUAUGUGUUGUAAAGAAAGUUUUUGCCAUUUUAUGUGUGGUAAGGAAAGUUUUUGCCAUUCUAUGAGUUGUAACCAAAGUUCUUGUUAUUUGAUGUUUUUGUAAAAAAAGUUCUUGCUAUUUCGUAAUCAAAAAAACAAAAAUUGAACUUAUUUUAGGGCGCCCUCCUAGUUCGCGGCGGAAAGCGUCUCAACCCCUCAGGCGUCGAGAAUGGCUUCUACUUUGAUCCGGCCAUCCUAACCGACCUCCAUGAUGAUAUGACAGUAGUGAAGCAAGAGAUCUUCGGCCCAGUUCUCCUUCUCCUACCUUUCAAAACCGAGGAAGAAGUGAUUGCCAGAGCCAACAACACCAUGUACGGACUAGCAGCCGGCUUACACACGGGCUGUGUCAAACGUGCACAUCGUGUAGCAUCAGCGUUGGAAGCGGGUACUGUCUUUGUUAAUACCUACAACGAUACUCAUGUUCAUGUACCAUUUGGUGGGUAUAAAAACUCUGGGCAUGGCAAAGAGAACUCGGUUGAAUGCCUGAAGGAAUACACUCAGAUCAAGAGUGUCUAUGUUCAUGUGGGCAAUGAGGUUCAACAUAAUUUGAACUAA